CGCGCGUCUCGGGGGAGCGCGGAGCAGGAACCGCCGGAGGGGGCGGCGGGACGCGGCGCGGGGCUCGCAGGGCCGGACGAGGGUUAAAUCCUCCACACAGAGUGAAGUCUAUCUCCAUGACAACAUUCACACAACAGGAAAUUGAAUUCCUGCAAAAACAUGGAAAUGAAGUUUGUAAACAGAUUUGGUUAGGAUUAUUUGAUGAUAGAUCUUCAGCAAUUCCAGACUUCAGGGAUCCACAAAAAGUGAAAGAGUUUCUACAAGAAAAAUAUGAAAAGAAAAGAUGGUAUGUACCACCGGAACAAGCCAAGGUUGUGGCAUCAGUUCAUGCAUCUAUUUCAGGGUCUUCUGCCAGUAGCACAAGCAGCACACCUGAGGUCAAACCACUAAAAUCUCUUUUAGGAGAUUCGGCACCAGCACUGCACUUAAAUAAGGGCACACCUAGUCAAUCCCCAGUUGUAGGUCGCUCCCAAGGGCAGCAGCAGGAAAAGAAGCAGUUUGACCUUCUGAGUGAUCUUGGCUCAGACAUCUUUGCUGCUCCAGCUCCUCAGUCAACAGCCACAGCCAAUUUUGCUAACUUUGCACAUUUCAACAGUCAUGCAGCUCAGAAUUCUGCAAAUGCAGAUUUUGCAAACUUUGAUGCAUUUGGACAGUCUAGUGGUUCGAGUAAUUUUGGAGGUUUCCCCACAGCAAGUCACUCUCCUUUUCAGCCCCAAACUACAGCAUUUAGAAUACUUUCAUCUAGCUGCAGUUUUGGUGAAUUUACUUCAGCCUUUCCUCUCCAGGCUACCCACAGUGGAAGUGCUGGAUCAGUAAAUGCUAAUUUUGCUCAUUUUGAUAACUUCCCCAAAUCCUCCAGUGCUGAUUUUGGAACCUUCAGUACUUCUCAGAGUCAUCAGACAGCAUCAGCUGUUAGUAAAGUUUCAACAACAAACAAACCUGGAUUACAGACCGCGGACAAAUAUGCAGCACUUGCUAAUUUAGACAAUAUCUUCAGUGCUGGGCAAGGUGGUGAUCAAGGGAGUGGUUUUGGGGCCACAGGUAAAGCUCCUGUCGGUUCUGUGGUUUCAGUUCCUAGUCAGCCAAGCGCAUCUUCAGACAAGUACGCAGCGCUGGCCGAAUUAGACAGCGUGUUCAGCUCUGCAGCCACCUCCAGUAAUGCAUAUACUUCCACUAGUAAUGCUAGCAGCAGUGUUUUUGGAACAGUGCCAGUGGGUGCUUCGACACAGACUCAGCCUGCUUCUUCAAGUGUGCCUGCUCCAUUUGGAGCUACGCCUUCCACAAAUCCAUUUGUUGCUGCUGGUGGUCCUUCUGUGGCGUCUUCUACAAAUCCAUUUCAGACCAAUGCCAGAGGAGCAACAGGCCUUUCUGGAGCAAUGCAUUCUCAAGUGUUUCCUCACGCUCAUUUUGCGGCAACCUUUGGUACAGCAUCCAUGAGCAUGCCUGCGGGGUUUGGGACCCCUGCUCCCUAUAGUCUUCCCACCAGCUUUAGUGGCAGUUUCCAGCAACCUGCCUUCCCAGCGCAAGCAGCUUUCCCUCAACAGACAGCUUUUUCUCAACAGCCCAAUGGUGCAGGUUUUGCAGCAUUUGGACAGACAAAGCCAGUGGUGACCCCUUUUGGUCAAGUUGCAGCUGCUGGAGUAUCUAGUAAUCCUUUUAUGACUGGUGCACCAACAGGACAAUUCCCAACAGGAAGCUCAUCAACCAAUCCUUUCUUAUAGCCUUAUAUAGACACUUUACUGGAACGAACUUUUAUGUGGUCACAUUACAUUGCUCCGCCUCUUGCACUGUUGUCUUGUUUCACUGAUCUUAGCUUUAAACACAAGAGAAGUCUUUAAAAAGCCUGCAUUGUGUAUUGAACACCAGGUAAUAAGUGCAAAACAGAGGGCUCUCAUGACAACUUUUAACCUGUGAAUUGGCAGAAAAAGAUAGCGGUAUCAUGUAUAUUAAAAAUUGGCUAAUAUUAAGUUAUUGCAGAUACCACAUUCAUUAUGCUGCAGUACUGUACAUAUUUUUCUUAGAAAUUAGCUAUUUGUGCAUAUCAGUAUUUGUAACUUUAACACAUCGUUAUGUGAAAAAUGUUACUGGGGGAGAUAGAUCAGCCACUUUUAAGGUGCUGUCAUAUCUUAGAAUGAAUGAACUAAAAUCAUUUUAACCAUUACUACUGGAAAGUUACAAAGGAAAAAUUGGAAGGUUUUAUUCAGUCUUGAAUUUUUCCUUUCUAAAGAGCUCUUCUAUUUAUACAUGCCUAAAUUCUUUUAAAAUGUAGAGGGAUACCUGUCUGCAUAAUAAAGCUGAUCAUGUUUUGCUACAGUUUGCAGGUGGAAAAAAAAAUAAAUAUUAGAAAAUAUGCUAUUGUUUUGUGUUCUUGCUGCAAUGCCUUUACCAAAGUGGCCUUAAAUAUGAGUAGUGAAUUGAGAACAUCUUGAAUUCUUAAAGACUUCUAGUGACUAACUUUUUAUAAAAAGGCCAUGUAGAAAAUUUAUUAAAACUACUAGGACUGCUAUAUUCAGGAAUAUGUCAGUGGUAAAAGCAUUUAAAUGUAGCUUGUCACAUUUGCCGUAAUACUUCUAAUUUCUUUGCAACUUGUUAAUUUUGUGAAAUUUGUAUAUAUGAAGAAUUUGCAUGUAUGUGUAUUUACAAAUUUUUUAAAAGAUCUUGAAUUGUCAGACUGCAAAAGGCCUAUUUUAACUAUUGAUUUUUAAAUUUUGUCAUUGAAUGUAUUGGAAGCAGACAUGUAUUAACUGUGACAUGAUUGCACCUGUUUUUGUUUUUGUUUUUUUUUCUUUUUUUCCCCCCCGUUUUUGGACAAACUGAUACUAUCUAUAGGACAUUUGUUUAUGUUUGUCUUUUGGGGAAAAAACUGGAACCCAGUGUUAUCUUAAGUUUAUGGAAUACUUUGUUUAAAAAAGGCAGUGAUACUAAGUUUAGUUGUAUCUUUUAGUUAAUAUUCAAAUGAAUUUGUUUAUUUAUAUAUAGUAAAGCCUCAUUCAUCCAGAGAUAAUCUGGCAGUCUCAUCAAAACAGGACACAACUGAGAAACUUGGAGUUGUUUUUUUUAAAUGCCUCUGAGCAAUUCAUAUGUCAUAAAGUCUGUAUGUUAGAGCACACACAUUUGUUUUUAUGUAAAAUUUAAAUAAUUUUGAUUAUUUGAUUUCUUAGCCCCACAGCACAUUAGUAGUUGAGAACUGAUGACUUGGAAAGGAGACUGAAAAGACUGUGCAGAGCAUACACCGUCCAGUCACUUGUAGUUUAGGGAAGCCAGCCCAGCUUACAGGACAUCGUGUUACAUCGUCUUCUGACAGUGGUCUUUUGUAGCUCUGCCACCAAGAAAGGGUGAAAUUGAAUAUUCAAAUAUGUAUUACCUAUAUGAAAAGUUCUAUCUUAAAAUGCUUCAAAACCUUGAACAGCAUUGGCAUUAAAAGAGAUGAAUAUCAGUUUCCUCAAGUAGUUGUUCAUGUUGAAUGCCUUUUUGCCAUGGUGACUGUGUGAGUUGUUGUCACAGUGUUUUACAAAUCUCUGGUAUUGUGGACUUGCGAUCUGGUGCACAUCUGACUGAAAGUAGGGCUUACCUGAACUGAUUUGACAAGCAGAGUGACCCUUUUCUGAGCAAUAUGCCUCUUAGAAUUAAACAGUUGUUACACAGGUCCAUGUGUGCGUUGAUAUACUCUUAAAAUGUUUCUGUUUUAGGGCAAGGUCCCUCAACCCAUUUUUCGUGGAAGGAAAGCUUUAAGAAAUGUCUUGGAAUUUCUGUUUUAGCUUGUAUUAAGUCCAAAUAAAUUCGUAUCUAUAAAAGUUAUAAUUGUAGGUCAUUACCCAAAUAACCUGCCAGGCUUUCCAUCUAAGAGGUAAAUUAAACAGCUAUUCUCAAAAUAAUUCUAAAGACUUUUUUUUCCUCCUGGGUAAAUCUUGAGGUUUGUAAUUAAAUAGGAACUUUUAUUGGUUUAUUUCUAAUGAGUGCUUAAAAAAAAUCAAGUGUUUAGAUUAAGAAGAGACCCUGCUUUAAAGUAGAUUUUCUUAUGAUCAUUAUUGUUUAAAAAAUCAACUUCUAUUAGGCUUUUAUAUUCAGAUUUGCUUCUAGCUUUAUAUAGAUCAUCAGAAUUAUAUGGAGUACUUAAAAAAAACUAAUCCUGGAAUGUGACAAGGCUGAAGACCUUCAAAUGUCCUGGUUUACUGGUUGAAUCAAAUUUUUCCUGUUAUGUCUUUGUCCAAGAAAGAAAUUUGUCUUUUAGAAUGGUAAGAACUUGGUUUAAAGGCGUAUUUUUUUUGUUUUGGUUUUUGAAAUAGAAAAUGUUUAUUCUACAUUUUUGUGAAAUUAGAGAUUAGGUUAGUACUUUCUUCCUUAAAAGGCAAAUUUGAAAAAGCAUAUUAGUUUUUACCUGUAAGGUGCCGUGCUCUCAACACUCAUUUCCUUUGGUGCAGAGCUUAUAAAUUGGCAAAAUCAAGAGGAUAACCUAGCUGCUGCUUUAUCUACAGCAGCAGUUCUGAAACAUUUUGGUCUUAGAACCAUAACACUUAAAAAUUACCGAAGAUCCCCAAAUAGCUUUUAUUUAUGAAAUUUGUAUCUUUUAGAAUUUAUUAAAAUGAGUAGAUAAUUUUAAAACACGUUUAUUCAUUUUAAGUGUAAUGGUAAUCCCAUUGCUUAUUGUAGAUAACAUUUUUUAUGUAAAGUAACUUCUCCAAAACUACGAAAAACAGGAGGGAGCAUUGUUCUACAUUUUGCAUAUCCUUUUAAUUUCUGGCUUAAUAGAAACAGUGAAGUUAUUCUACUGCUUUUUCAUUCCCAUUUGAUUUUUUUAUGUCCUGUAGCAGAGAUUCUAGAAAACUACACUGUGUACUUGUGAAAUCAUACGUGUGCAGAAGGCAUAUAACAUCGGCAUAUUAUAAAACUAGUUUGACCUUGUGUAGCUCUUUAUAGGAUCUUGUGAACCCUCAAGGGUUCGCAGACCACAUGUUGAGAAAUUUAAAUUUGUUUCCUGAACAGUUUUUCCUUGUGGAAUAAACAUUUUACUUCCUGAA